UCCAAUAUAAUGACAAAAUAUAUCGUCUCUAGAAACCGGCCAUUUCCUUCCUUCUUCGCAGUGUUUCAUUGCAGAGGCAAAUUAAUGUGAACGUCAACCAAGCCGCAACCUUUCUUAAAUCCCACUCCCUUGAGUCCACUCGUGUUUCAGUUCAUCUCCUUUCGUAGGAAAAAUAAAACAAAGUCUUGUCUCUCUUGUCGGUUUCUUCAAAUCUCCGGCAUGUCAAACGCCUAUUCGUACCGGCAAUUAUUCCUCCCAUUAUGUCUCUUGUUCUGUUUCUCCUUCCCUUGUUGUGUAAAAUCCGAUGAGCUUCAGAUAUUGCUGACGUUGAAAUCCGCACUCAAUAAAUCAAGCACUGAUGUUCUCGAUUCAUGGGAGGCUACCGGUUCUGUUUGCAGCUUCAGUGGAAUCACCUGCAACGGUGACGGGGCGGUAAAGGAGAUCGAGCUUUCAAAUCAGAAGUUGACGGGCGUUCUUCCUUUGGAUUCGAUAUGCCAGCUUCGGUCCUUGGAUAGGCUUUCCUUUGGGUUCAAUUUAUUGUACGGUGCAAUCUCGGACGAUUUGAAUAACUGUUCAAAGCUUCAAUAUUUGGAUCUUGGGAACAACCUUUUCUCGGGUUCAUUCCCAGGUAUAUCCUCCCUCAGCGAAUUACGGUACCUUUAUUUGAAUGGAAGUGGAAUUUCAGGUCCUUUUCCAUGGAAUUCGCUUGAAAACAUGGCCAAUCUUACUGCUCUGAGCCUCGGGGACAACCCUUUGGAUCGAACUCCGUUUCCUAAUGAAAUCCUGAAGCUGAAGAAACUGAAUUGGCUUUAUUUGGCGAAUUGCAGCAUUGAAGGGAAGAUCCCUCCAGCCAUCGGAGAUCUCACCGAACUUAUAGAUUUGGAGUUCCAAAUGAAUUAUUUGUCCGGAGAAAUUCCAACGGAGAUUGGAAAUCUUCACAAGCUCUGGCAGCUUGAGCUUUUCAAUAAUGAAUUGUCCGGAAAACUUCCAGUUGGAAUGAGAAAUUUGACAAGCCUUGAAUAUUUCGAUGCCUCAGACAACAAACUUGAAGGUGAUAUCACGGAAGUGGGGUAUUUGACCAACCUGGUGAGCCUGCAACUCUUUGAGAACCAGUUUAAUGGUCAAAUACCGCCUGAGUUGGGCGAGUUCAAGAAACUGGUGAAUCUGUCUCUUUACACCAACAUGUUCACUGGCCCUCUUCCUCAAAAGCUAGGCUCUUGGGCUGAUUUCAACUACAUUGAUGUAUCGGAGAAUCUCUUGACCGGCCCGAUUCCUCCAGAUAUGUGCAAGAAAGGAACCAUGAGGCAGCUGCUAAUGCUUCAGAACGGGUUCACCGGUGAAAUCCCGACGACUUACGCAAAUUGUGCCAGUUUGAAGCGGUUUAGAGUGAGUAACAACUCGCUUUCAGGCAUAGUUCCGGCUGGGAUAUGGGGAUUGCCCCAAGUGGAAAUAAUUGACAUUGCUUACAAUCAGUUUGAAGGUCCAAUUACAUCUGAUAUCAAUAACGCCAAAGAGAUUGGGAUAUUGUCAACCCAAUACAAUAGGUUGUCAGGUGAGUUACCUGAGGAGAUUUCAGAAGCCACAUCUUUGGUUACGAUUGAGCUAAACAACAAUCAGAUUUCAGGGGAAAUCCCUCAUGGGAUCGGGGAACUGAGAAGCUUGAGCAGCCUUCAGUUGCAGAACAAUAGGUUAUUUGGUUCUAUACCGGAGUCAUUAGGCUCUUGUGUUUCCAUCAGUAACAUAAACAUGGCUAACAAUUCUCUUUCAGGCAGAAUCCCAUCAUCGUUAGGAUCUUUGCCCACAUUGAACACACUGGAUUUAUCUCGAAAUGAACUUACAGGUGGAAUUCCUGAGAGCUUGUCGUCUCUCAAGCUAAACCUGUUGGAUCUAUCCUAUAACCGGUUAACUGGUCCUGUACCCCAGUCUCUCAGGGUUGAAGCAUAUAACGGUAGCUUGGCCGGAAACCCUGGCCUUUGCAGCUCGACAAUCCAGUCUUUCAAGAAAUGUCCACCGGAUUCAGGCAUGUCAAAAUCUGUUCGAACCCUUAUAGUUUGCUUUGCCGUAGCCGCAAUCUUGCUGUCUUGUCUCGGAUGUUUCUUAUAUUUAAGGAGAACAAAAAAAGAUGGAGACCUUUCAUUGAAGGAUGAAUCUUGGGAUGUCAAGUCUUUCCAUGUGUUAACUUUCUCUGAAGAUGAAAUUCUUGAUUCCAUCAAGCAAGAGAAUCUGAUUGGUAAAGGAGGGUCCGGGAACGUAUACAAAGUAAUGCUUGCUAACGGUGUAGAACUCGCUGUGAAACACAUAUGGAACACGGAUUCUCAUGGACGCCGCAAGAACCGGAGUACUACCCCGAUGCUUGGCAGACGUUCGGGAAAGGAAAAGGAAUUCAACGCGGAGGUGCAGACGCUGAGCUCAAUAAGACAUGUCAAUGUGGUGAAGCUUUACUGCAGCAUUACGAGUGAAGACUCGAGCUUGUUGGUGUACGAGUACUUGCCAAAUGGAAGCUUGUGGGAUCGAUUGCAUACAAGUCGAAAGAUGGAACUUGAUUGGGAUACUAGGUAUGAGAUUGCAGUCGGCGCAGCUAAGGGACUGGAGUACCUUCAUCACGGAUGCGAAAGGCCGGUGAUCCACCGGGAUGUCAAAUCUAGUAACAUAUUGCUGGACGAGUUUUUGAAGCCUAGGAUCGCUGAUUUUGGACUUGCCAAGAUGGUUCAAGCCAAUGGCGGUAAAGACUCAACCCUUGUAAUUGUAGGCACCCAUGGCUACAUAGCACCUGAAUACGGUUACACCUACAAAGUAAACGAGAAGAGCGAUGUGUACAGUUUCGGAGUGGUAUUAAUGGAGCUAGUGAGCGGAAAGAGACCAAUCGAGCCGGAGUUUGGAGAUAAUAAGGACAUAGUGUCCUGGAUCAGCAGCAAAAUAAAGGACAAAGAGAGUGUUUUGAGUAUAGUGGACCCUAGGAUCCCUGCUGCUUUUAAAGAGGAUGCUGUCAAGGUGUUGAAAAUCGGCAUUUUGUGUACGACCAAGCUACCGGCACUUAGACCCACCAUGAGAACCGUGGUUCAAAUGCUGGAAGAAGCUGAGCCAUGCAAAUUGGUCCGCAUUCUUGUCAACAAGGACGGUGAAGUGAAGAAAACGGAAACCAUGGAACCUGCCCUGAAGCUCAACCUAUAGAUACAAAUUUCUCAAAUAUUGUAGCAACCAUUUUUGUAAUAUAUUAUUUGUCCGUAUUAGCUAGAACCUGUAAUAGUAGUAUCAAUUGUAUGCUUUUUAUGAGGCAAUAAACACUGUAACAUGAAAAUCUCAUUGUCUGAAUCAACCUCGGAAAUGGGGAAUUGAUCAUUGUUGUUUCUCCUCUGAAACAAUUUGAUCCACCAGGUUUUCCAAGCUA